UCUGUGAAUAAUCAGUAGAAAGUUUCCAGGACUAUAAAAUAGAGAUGACUCAUGCAUAGUGCACUUGAUUCAUUUCUCUGUUUUGCAUCUGGCUUGACAAUUUUUGGAAGCCAAAUUGGAAGAUGAUGAAUUGUAGUAACAAAUUUCUCUUGCUAGUCUUGAGCAUGUUCAUUGUUGGACAUACUAUUAACACACUUAAAAUUACCACUGCUUCAAGCGGCCAUGGUAGGAGAAAAGUUGCAGCUGCAGCAGCACAAUCCCCUGAUCCAUCAAAGCAACAAAACCAAUUAUUUUUUGUUGAUCAAAGGCUUGCUGUGGUGUAUCCCAUCAUACAGAGAUUCAAGAAUACUAUCACUUCUGAUCCUCUUGGUGUCACAAAAUCUUGGGUUGGUCCAAACAUAUGCAAUUAUACUGGUUUCUACUGUGAUAAUCCCCCAGACAACAACUCUGCCAUUGCUGUUGCUUCCAUUGAUUUCAAUGGUUUCCAACUAAGUGCCCUGAAUCUCGAUGGCUUCCUUGAUCAGCUCCCAGAUAUAGCACUCUUUCAUGCCAAUUCCAACAAUUUUAGUGGUACUCUUUCUGCAAACAUUGCCAAUCUUCCUUAUCUAUAUGAACUUGACAUCAGUAACAACCAAUUCUCUGGACCAUUUCCACCUGCCAUUUUGGGCAUGAGUAGCCUGUCUUUCCUGGACAUAAGGUUCAACUCUUUCACUGGAUCAGUUCCACCUCAGUUGUUCACAAAGGAAGAUCUUGAUGCACUCUUCAUCAACAACAAUAAUUUCAUGCAGAAACUUCCUGAUAACAUAGGCAGCAGCAGCCACGUUCUUUAUCUUACCUUAGCCAACAAUAGAUUCUUCGGUCCAAUCCCGCAUAGUAUCUCCAAAAUCCUUGCAAGCCUGAGUGAAAUUUUGCUACUUAAUAACUUGUUAAGUGGCUGUCUUCCAUAUGAACUUGGACUCUUGAAAGAAGCAGUUGUUUUUGAUGCCGGAAACAAUAGGCUAACAGGUCCACUUCCAUUCUCAUUAGGAUGUUUGGAGAAUGUGGAGAUCUUGAAUUUUGCUGGGAAUCAGUUAUAUGGGAUGGUGCCAGAUGUGAUCUGUUCACUGGGAAAUUUGGCAAAUUUGUCAUUGUCUGAUAACUAUUUUAUAGGAGUCGGACCGAUUUGCCUGAAUUUGAUCAACGAUGGAGUAGUUGAUGUAAGGAAAAACCGCAUUCCCGGAUUGCCAUCACAAAGAUCAACAAUCGAAUGUGUAGAAUUCCUUGCUCAAACAAGGUACGUCCACUACACAUAUACUUACAUUCCCUGUUCUGUUCCCAACUUCAAAUCUUCUCCUCUAUCUCUUUCUGAAUCACCUCCUCCACCUUUCUUGUCAUGAUCAUAAACUUCCAUUUUCAGCAUUUUUCUUUUCCAUAAGUUUGUCUUUCUAUUAAGCAGGUGUGCACAAUUAAAUAUUUGUACCUUCACCUGUAAUAAUGCAAUGACUAAAUCUCAA